AUGAUGUCGUUCGGCAAGCUUGUUGUGUUCCUGGCCCUUUCCCACCUGCAUUACUGCCUGGCCGGCACCGCCACAACCACGGCCAGAACCAUCUACUACCGCAAUAACCCGCCCAGUCUGGCCGGUCACUACAGCUUCGAGUUUCAAACCACGAAUGGGAUUACCACGAAGGGGGCUGGCAACGAGAAUGGAGCCGUGGGUGUGGUUCAGUACGUGUCCCUCGAGGGCAUUCCGGUGACCUUCUCGUACGUGGCCGAUGCCAAUGGCUACCAGCCCACCGGAGACCAUAUCCCGGCCAUUCCGCUGCAUGUUAUCCGCCAGUUGGAGUACAUCGCCACGCAUCCGCCGGUGGACGAGCGCAAGUCGCGACGCUGGUAGGAGAAGGAAUCGUGCAUGAGCGCAACAAUUAUACUUCGAAGCGUAAAAAGCCGUCGAUUACAGUUGGGGUAUAUUUAAAUUUCGUAUUUAUGUUUAUCGUUUCCCCAUGCAAAUGGAACCAGCGAAACAACAGCAACAAAAUCAUGCCAAAAUAUAUAGCAAGCCAAUAAAUAUUCUAGAAAUAUAAAUAAAGUACUAGGUUUAAUUGAGCAGCGUUCUGGACGUCCGGAAUGUUUAUCUAUAGGAAGGAAGUUCAAAUAAUAAAU